UAAGCCACCGCUGCUAUCAAGCUAUUUGACUCCACGAUCGCCUAAACUAGAUCUGUUUAAUUCUGUAAUAGCUAUCGUUAUCAUUUUACAGUACUCUUUUAGCUAAGUAGCAUUUCCGAGGUUUGCUUGCUGGCUAGCUACAUGGAAAAAUACUGGAUUUUCUCGGAUGACUCGGUCCAUGGUGAUGGUGAUGCUGUGAGCUGCCUGGAGUGUAAACAUUGAAUUAAGGUGUGCGAAAACGGGAGGGAAAUCUGAAACACCGAUCGAAAACAAAAUGGGGGAGAAAAAGCCCGAGCCGCUGGAUUUUGUGAAGGACUUCCAAGAGUAUCUGACCCAGCAAACUCAGCACGUCAAUAUGAUCUCGGGCUCUGUGGGUGCAGACAAAGAACCAGAGGUGCUCCAAGGAGGUCUACAGUCAAUUCCUGUUGGAGUGCAGUCAGACGAUGGAGAUGAAGGUGAUAGUGCCAGUGUAGAGUGCAGACCUCCUGUGUUCUGUUUACCGGCAGCCGGUACAGAGAACGACCAGAACGGGCUGGACCACCCGUCCGUGGAGGUGUCCCUGGAGGACAGCUCAGGGAUGCUGGUGGACGGCUUUGAGAGAACGUACGACGGCAAGCUUAAGUGCCGGUACUGUAACUACGCCAGCAAGGGCACGGCGCGGCUCAUCGAGCACAUCCGAAUACACACAGGAGAGAAGCCCCACAGGUGCCACCUGUGCCCCUUCGCCUCCGCGUACGAGCGCCACCUGGAGGCGCACAUGCGCUCGCACACGGGUGAGAAGCCCUACAAGUGCGAGCUGUGCUCCUUCCGCUGCAGCGACCGCAGCAACCUGUCGCACCACCGCCGGCGCCGGCACAAGCUGCUGCCCAUGAAGGGCGCGCGCUCCUCACUCUCCAACAAGAAGAUGCUGAGCGUGCUGCAGAAGAAGUCCAGCUCGCUGGGCUACAGCCGGCGGCUCCUCAUCAACUUCAGCCCGCCCUCCAUGGUGGUGCAGAAGCCUGACUACCUGAACGACUUCUCCCAUGAGCUGCCCCACCUGCACCCGGAAGCCUAUGAGAGCAUGGCCAAGGCGGGCGGGGGAGGGGGCGGCGGCGGGCCCAGGGAUGGCCACGACAUGCUGGUGGACAACCCCCUCAACCAGCUGUCCACGCUCGCUGGGCAGCUGGCCAGCCUGCCGCCCGAGGCCCAGACCCCCGUGUCCCCUGACGGGAUGUCCUGCCGGGACGAGAAGCCCUUCCUCAUCCAGCAACCACACGGUGCCCCCGCAGUGGCGACCUCGGCAUCGGCGUCCUCCGGCGCGGCCCAGGCCCCGUCGCCCACCACCCCCGAGCCCCGCCCGCCGCCGCACAGGAACUACAGCCCCGUGGCGGGGCCCAGCAGCGAGCACAGUGCCCGCACCAGCACCCCCAGCAUCAGCAACAGCCAGCCCAGCACACCGGCCCCCGCCCUGCCCGCACAGGACCCCCAGCUGCUGCACAGCUGCCAGCACUGCGACACCUACUUCGCCGACAACAUCCUCUACACCAUCCACAUGGGCUGCCACGGCUACGAGAACCCCUUCCAGUGCAACAUCUGCGGCUGCAAGUGCAGGAACAAGUACGACUUCGCCUGCCACUUCGCCAGAGGUCAGCAUAAACAGUGACUGCGGGGCCGCAAGGCGGCAGCAGGCUCUGAGAGUAACUUAACUAAUUAUUUUUUGGUAAAAACUGGGAGAUCACUUUUAUUCAGGACUUAUUCCAGGCAGUGAAACUUAUCCUCAUUUUUUAAUUUCAAGAAAAAACUAUUUUAAUAGGCUGCACAUUCUUGUGGUUUUUAAUUUGGGAAGCUAUUA